UAUCUAAAAUGUGUUCAAACUGCUCGCACACUGCGAAAAAUAUUCAAAUGAAGCGCCUUCCUUAUUAUUGUUAUCGGCUAUAAAUGUUAUCGAACAGAUACAGACUGAAGUCUGUGUCAAGGAGAUGGACAACCCUAGAACUAUAAACACGGACAUUUGGCAACACUGUCCGAUCAAUUGAGAUGAAAAAUGUUUACAAAAUGCAUUAAUUGUUGUGCUUCAAUAAUUAUUUGUGUCAUAUUCACAUGCCUUUUGGUCGAAAAGAGUGUUGCACUGAAACGGACACUGCGCCACUACGAAGUUUUCCACAGAGAUGAUGUUGUACAUCGGAUUGUCAAGAGGGGCGUCAAGCAAAGCAAUAAUCCAUAUAACACAAUUAAGGAGCUCGAGUUCAAAACACUGGGCAAAAACUUUCGCGUGAUUCUGCAUCCGCAUCGCGAUGUGCUCCACAGCAAAUUUCGAGCUUACGCCGUAGAUGCGGACGGAAAUGAGACUGUUGUGCACUUGGAUCAUGAUAAUUUUUAUACGGGUCGCGUGUUCGGUGAACUGGAAUCAUCUGUGCGCGCACACAUUGAGGAUGGCACCCUGACCAUGUCCAUAGAACUGCCCGAAGAAACCUACCACAUAGAGCCUUCCUGGCGCCAUUUGCCCACGGCGAAGAAACACACAAUGGUUGCCUACAAAUCAUCCGAUGUCAAGCUCAAUAAUAAUGAGGAGCAGCCAGGCACAGUGCCCAAGACCUGUGGCUACAUCAAAGAGGGCCUGGAACUGGAGCACAAUGACAAUGAGCUCUACGCUCUGCGUGAGAAGCGCCAAUCGGAUCAAUAUGAAUAUACGCCGACAAAGACGCGCUGUCCACUUCUCCUAGUGGCCGAUUAUCGCUUCUUUCAGGAGAUGGGCGGUGGCAAUACAAAGACAACCAUUAAUUACUUGAUAAGCCUUAUCGAUCGUGUGCAUAAAAUUUAUAAUGAUACCGUAUGGCAGGAUCGUUCCGAUCAGGAGGGCUUCAAGGGCAUGGGUUUCGUCAUCAAGAAGAUCGUUGUGCAUUCGGAGCCGACACGUUUGCGGGGCGGAGAGGCACACUACAAUAUGAUACGUGAAAAAUGGGAUGUACGCAAUCUGCUCGAGGUCUUCUCACGGGAAUACAGUCAUAAAGACUUUUGCUUAGCUCAUCUCUUUACCGAUCUCAAGUUCGAAGGCGGCAUUUUAGGCUUGGCUUACGUUGGCUCCCCACGCCGAAAUUCUGUCGGUGGUAUCUGUACACCAGAAUACUUCAAGAACGGCUAUACACUCUAUCUGAACUCGGGCCUAAGCAGUUCCCGUAAUCAUUAUGGCCAGCGCGUAAUCACACGCGAGGCUGACCUGGUUACGGCUCAUGAGUUUGGACAUAAUUGGGGUUCCGAGCAUGAUCCCGAUAUACCCGAGUGUUCACCGAGUGCCUCGCAAGGUGGCAGUUUCCUGAUGUACACGUACUCCGUCAGCGGCUACGAUGUGAACAACAAGAAAUUUUCACCGUGCUCGCUGCGAUCCAUACGCAAAGUGCUGCAAGCCAAGAGUGGCCGCUGCUUCUCCGAGCCCGAGGAGUCCUUCUGCGGCAACUUACGCGUCGAGGGCGAUGAACAGUGCGACGCCGGUCUGCUGGGCACCGAGGACAAUGACUCUUGCUGCGACAAGAACUGUAAACUGCGCCGUAAUCAGGGCGCCAUGUGCAGCGACAAAAAUUCACCGUGCUGUCAGAACUGUCAGUUUAUGCCGGCGGCGAUGAAGUGCCGAGAGGCACAAUAUGCCACCUGUGAGCAGGAGGCACGCUGCACUGGCUCCCAUGCCGAAUGCCCCAAAUCGCCAGCGAUGGCCGAUGGCACCAUUUGCCAGGAGCGCGGCCAGUGUCGCAAUGGCAAAUGUGUACCUUACUGCGAGACGCAAGGCCUCCAAAGCUGCAUGUGCGACAUCAUUGUGGAUGCAUGCAAACGCUGCUGUCGCAUGAGCAUCAAUGAGACGUGUUUCCCCGUUGAGCCGCCAGAUGUUCUCCCCGAUGGCACACCCUGCAUAACUGGUUUCUGCAAUAAGGGUGUGUGCGAGAAGACCAUACAGGAUGUGGUCGAGCGUUUUUGGGACAUUAUUGAGGAGAUAAAUGUGGCCAAAACACUGCGCUUUCUCAAGGACAACAUAGUCAUGGCCGUUGUGAUGGUCACCGCUGUCUUCUGGAUACCGGUCAGCUGUGUCAUUUCGUAUUUCGAUCGCAAGAAGCUUCGCUACGAAAUGAAACAAAUCGAGUGGAGUCACAAACUCGAUCUCAUACAUCCCAGCGACGACAGGCGUCGUGUAAUACACAUUCGCGUACCACGGCAGAAGAUCUCAGUGGCGAGAGCUUGUAACUAACACAGAACGCGGUGGCGGCCAUUGUUUUAUCUUCCGUGAGCAUUCUUCUCAAAACUGCCACAAUUAUUUUAUAUUAAGCAUUAACAUUUAAAAUACAUAACAUAAUGAAUAAAAUUCCCGAUAAUAUAGACCAAUUCCCAAUACAAAUGUAUUACCUGUCCCCCAAAUUGGGCUAAAUUAUAAAGCACUCAAAACAUGGAUUAAAAAUUAACUA